ACACAGGGUAAUGAUCCUAGACUACAAGACGUCUGAAGGUGGAAGCCAGCAGUUAUCCUGGACCGACACUGCGCUGACCAAGUACUGUUCAGAUAUGCAGCAGAAAUUAGGGACACCAACCCUGGACGCUGAGCUGGCAAGAAGAUGCCUACAACUAAGCGAAGAACUAAGUGUGCCAGAGAAGCUGGGUCAUGCUACCUAUGAAUGGAAAGCCCUCCAUUUGGCAUCCUGGAAUGGGAACACUGGUCUUGUGAAACAAUUUCUACAACAAGGAGAAAAGAUUGAUGACAGGGAUGAGCUUGGCUGGACUCCUCUUCACUGCGCAGCAUCCAAUGGUCACUUAGCUACAGCAAAGCUCUUAAUCCAGAGAGGAGCUUCAAUAAAUGUUCAGGAUGCUUCAGGCUGUAGCCCUCUCCACCAUGCUGCAUGGAGUGGCCAUACACACUUGUCUGAGAUGCUGUUAAACCGUGGAUCCAGUGCCAUCGCUCCUACAAAAGGAGGUCUAACAGCUUUACAUUUAGCGGCAGCAAAUGGUCAUACACUCAUUGCACAGUUAUUGUUGAAGAAAAAUACAGACCCAUGUAUUGGUGACAACAACAAGUGGAGUCCAUUGCACUGGGCAACCGUCAGCAAUCAUGUCCAUAUCUUAGAACUUUUAAGUGAACACAAUGUCUCCCUUGGACUUGAGACCUCUGGGAAUUUGACCCCUUUGCAUGUUGCAGCUGAGACUGGAAAAAUGGAGGCUCUGAACUAUCUCUUGGAGAAGGGGGUCGAUGUGAAUGUCCAAGACAUGCUGGGCAGAACAGCUCUAGCAAUUGCAGCUAGUAAUGGUAGCUUGGAGGUUGUUCACUUGCUUUUGGAUAAUAAAGCUCAGCCGAACGUUGCGGACAAUCAUGGACGGACCGCCUUACACAAGGCCGCGGCAGCAGGGCAUCUCACUGUGGUACAGAUCCUUGUCCAGAACGGAGCCUCCGUGAAUAUAAAGGACAGCCUGUGUCUCACACCAAUGCAGAGAGCGGCCAUGAUGGGACACAAGCAAGUGUCUACCUACCUGCAAGGAGCACUACCUACAGUUCAAAAUGUACUCUAAUCCUGUACGUCUCUAACAAGGUUCACCUUUAAAGGGAACCUGUCACAUUGAACAUGCAGUUCCAUCUACAGGCAGUGGAGUAUACAGGAAGAGGAGCUGAGCAGACUGGUAUAUAUUGGGGGAGAUUUAUCAAACUGGUGUAAAGUAGAACUGGCUUAGUUGCCCAUAGCAACCAAUCAGAUUUCCCCUUUGAUUGUACAGCGCUCCCCUGGAAAGGUGAAAUAUGAUUGGACUGAGGCUAGUUUCACAUCAGCGGAGUAUAUUCUUUC